GUUCCUGAACUAACUCAUCCUCGUCCAUCUGCACCAAUCUCCAUUGCUGUCGAUGCCUCAGAUUCUCACGUUGGCGCCGUGCUACAACAGAGGAUUCAGGAUGCCUGGGCUCCGUUGUCAUUUUUCUCCAGGAAGUUGUCAGAAGCUGAGAAGAAAUACUCCGCCUUUGACAGAGAGCUCUUGGCUGCCUAUCUGUCCAUCAGACAUUUCCGCUUCAUGUUAGAAGGAGUUCUCCGCCCUGGACGAGUAGACAGCAGAGACAUCUGACCUACAUUGCAGAAUUUACAAGUUCCAUUGUGCACGUGCCUGGCCUGGAGAACAUUAAAUAGAUAAAGAUGGAUGCGACCAGUUAAAUCUUUUCGAGAUCAACAAUUUUAAGGAGGAUGGAAAACCGGUGUUGAGGCUUGUCCAGGAGCAUAAUGCAAUAUUCUCCUGCAUGGGAAACUAAACAUAAACCAGUUUUCACGCAAUCAAGAUUCUCUGACAAUAACAAAUAGGAAUAAGAAACAAUGAAAACCUAAAAUCCCUACAGUGUCCACUGCUGUACAGUUUUUGAAAAGCGCGCCAGAGCUGAGAUUGCCGCGUGAAUAAACAUGAAUUAUGGCGCUAAAUCUACGUGCUAAAGUGAAGACGAGAAAAAAACAAUAAGGCACAUCACAGUGAUUCGAGUAUGAAGAUGGUUCUAAUUCCUUUCAUCUUCUUAUUCCUCGACACUGGAUGGUCCCUCCAACAGCAGAGAGGACGGCAAGGUCUAAUUAACUAUAGAGAAGAGGAGAAGAAGAUUCUAGAUGAAAUCCUUGGGAAGGGAGUUUAUGACAAUAGAAUCAGGCCUUCAGGGACAAAUGGAACAGAUGAUGCUACCCUCAUCAUGGUUGAUCUGUACGUGAGAAGCUUUGCUAAGAUCGACGAUGUCAAGAUGGAAUACAGUUGCAACCUUACAAAAUUGCAACAACAAAAAUUCCACAAUUGUAAUUAUAAUAUAUUUUAAUAUUGUUUAGAUCGGAUAAAAUAUUUGACUAUGACGGAUGCCCGGAAAGUUUGGAUGCCAGAUACAUUCUUUAGAAAUGAGAAGGAGGGCAGAUUCCACAACAUUUUGGUCCCGAAUGUGUACAUAAGAAUAUUCCCAGAUGGCUAUGUACUCUACAGCAUAAGGGUUUCUUUAACCCUGGCCUGCCCUAUGAACCUGAAGCUGUACCCCCUGGAUCGGCAGAAGUGUUCUCUUAGGGUUGCCAGCUAUGGUUGGACUACUGAUGAUCUGAGGUACCAGUGGAAAACGGAUGGACCUGUACAGAUUGUCAAGGAUUUACAUCUACCAAGAUUCACCCUGGAAAAAUACGUAUCAGAUUAUUGUAAUAUAAAAACUAAUACCGGAGAGUAUAGUUGCUUGACCGUUGAUCUGACGUUUAAACGUGAGUUCUCCUACUACCUCCUCACUAUCUAUGUGCCCUGCUGUAUGCUGGUCAUCGUAUCCUGGGUCUCAUUCUGGCUGGAUCCUAAUGCUGUGCCAGCCAGGGUAUCCCUUGGUGUGACUACUCUACUGACCAUGUCGACCCAGCAGGCCAGCAUCAACAACUCCCUGCCCCCGGUAGCUUACACAAAGGCCAUAGACGUGUGGACCGGAGUUUGUAUUUUCUUCGUUUUCGGGGCCCUUCUAGAAUACGCACUGGUCAACUACGCUUCAAGAUCAGAUGCUAACCGGAUCCGGAAGCGUAAUGCCAAGAAGAAAAUAGAAUUUGACCGAGCUGCGUUUGAUGCCGAACAUAUGGAGGAACACAAUGGGGGAUCUUUUCCCAUGAAACCAAUGAUGCGACGAAGCGGUGACGCAUUAAUCCCUGGCGCAAACUUCCCGAUCAACAAUAUCCAUCAGUGCGAGAUCCACAUGAAGCCAAGGAAACGCCAGAACUUCCUCAUGGCCUGGCUCAACAAGUUUCCCUCCAGGGCCAAGAAGAUCGACGUUCUCUCCCGUGUAAUAUUCCCUUUAUCACCCCCACCCCCCUUCUCCCUUCCUUCCCUUUUAUACAUCUUUUCUUAA